CGUGGCCCUGUGAGCGGGGCGGGGCCGAGUGGGCCGCGCCUUCUUCCGGGUGAGAUAAUUGCUCUUGGGUCCUGGCUCAGGCACGGGCCGUGCGCUUCUUCCUUAGGCGCGGCCUCAUGGAGAACCCCGCGGCCGCGGCCCCUGAUGCGAGCUCCUUCCCCAUCUUCCUACUCUUGUCGUUCGGGACGUUGGUGGCUGCCCUGCUGGGCGCCGCUCAUAGCCUGGGGCUCUUCAACCGGCUGAUGCACAAGGUGGACAAGGCGAGCAUCCGACAUGGUGGAGAGAGCGUGGCAGCUGUGCUCCGGGCCCAUGGUGUGCGCUUUGUCUUCACGCUGGUGGGUGGCCACAUCUCCCCACUGCUGGUGGCCUGUGAGAAGCUGGGCAUCCGUGUGGUGGACACACGACAUGAGGUCACUGCCGUCUUUGCUGCAGAUGCUGUGGCCCGCCUGGCUGGGACGGUGGGUGUGGCUGCAGUGACCGCAGGUCCUGGCCUCACCAACACGGUGACGGCGGUGAAGAAUGCUCAGGUGGCGCAGUCUCCAGUCCUGCUCCUGGGAGGGGCAGCCAGCACCCUGCUGCAGAAACGGGGUGCUCUCCAGGCCAUUGACCAGAUGUCCCUGUUCCGGCCACUCUGCAAGUUCUGUGCAUCUGUACGGAGGGUGCGGGACAUUGUGCCCACCCUGAGGGCCGCCAUAGCCGCUGCCCAGUCAGGAACCCCAGGUCCUGUGUUUGUGGAGCUGCCCCUUGAUGUGCUGUACCCUUACUACAUGGUCCAGAAAGAGAUGGUUCCUGCACAGGUGCCCAAGGGCCUCAUGGGUCACGUGGUCUUCUGGUACUUAGAAAACUGCCUGGCCAACCUCUUUGCGGGAGCAUGGGAGCCUCAGCCCGAAGGGCCUCUGCCCCUGGACAUCCCCCUGGCGUCUCCCCAACAGGUUCAGCGCUGUGUAGAAAUCCUGAGCCGGGCCAAGAAGCCCCUACUGGUCCUGGGCAGCCAGGCCUUGCUGCCCCCCACCCCUGCUGCCAGGCUUCGGGCUGCUGUGGAGACCCUAGGUGUCCCCUGCUUCCUGGGGGGGAUGGCACGGGGGCUGCUGGGCCAGAACCACCCCCUUCACAUCCGGCAGAACCGUGGUGCCGCCCUGAAGAAAGCAGAUGUGGUGGUCCUGGCAGGAGCCGUGUGUGACUUCCGCCUCUCCUACGGCCGGGUCCUCAGUCGCAAGAGCCAGAUCAUCGUGGUGAACCGGAACCGGGCUGACAUGCUGCUCAACUCGGACAUCUUCUGGAAACCUCGGGAGGCUGUGCAGGGCGAUGUGGGCUCCUUCAUGCUGAAGCUGGUGGAAGGCCUUCAGGGCCAGAUGUGGGCUCCAGACUGGUUGGAGGAACUUCGGGAAGCUGAUCGGCAGAAGGAGCAGACCUUCAAGGAGAAGGCAGCCAUGUCUGUAGGCCAGCACCUGAACCCUGUGCGGGUGUUGCAGGCGGUGGAGGAAACUCUGCCUGACAACGCCUUGCUUGUGGUGGAUGGCGGGGACUUUGUGGCCACUGCCGCUUACCUGGUGCAGCCCCGUGGCCCUCUGCGCUGGCUUGACCCUGGGGCCUUUGGGACUCUGGGAGUUGGUGCAGGGUUUGCACUUGGGGCCAAGCUGUGCCAGCCGGAUACCGAGGUCUGGUGCCUGUUUGGGGAUGGAGCCUUUGGCUACAGCCUCAUCGAAUUUGACACGUUCGUCAGACACAAGAUCCCAGUGAUCGCCUUGGUAGGGAAUGAUGCAGGCUGGACCCAGAUUUCUCGGGAGCAGGUGCCCAGACUGGGCAGCAACGUAGCCUGUGGCCUGACCUACACUGAUUACCACAAGGCAGCCAUGGGUCUAGGGGCCCGGGGUUUGCUACUGUCCGGGGAGAAUGAGGACCAGGUGGUGGACAUGCUGCGUGAGGGCCAGCGGCAGUGCCGAGAUGGCCACCCAGUCGUGGUCAACAUCAUGAUUGGGAGGACAGACUUCCGUGAUGGCUCCAUUUCUGUAUAGGGACUCCUGGAGCUGGUGUGCCUGGCUCCCUUACUCCUGGAGUGAGCUCAUCUCUGUGGGAUCUGGGCCUAUUCUGUAAGCUCCAAGGACUCUACCCUCCCUAGAGGGGAGCUGGUGGGAUCAGAGCCUAGAGAAACGCCUGGUAGCCCUGGAGAGCUUCAAGCCCUUGUCUCCACAGAUCUGACCAUUCCCGUUCUUCUUGUGGUCUGAAUAAAUCAUCCCUGGCUCAUGUGGGCUUCCAAGGACUUAGUUACA